AUGACUGUUAGAGCUCAGAAAUUUACACCAGAGGUGCUUUUGUCGGCACCACGCCGCUCAGCAGGCGUACCUAGUGCGGACGGUACCUCCAUCUUAUACACCACCAGCACUUACUCAUUCGACUCUCACGCUAAGACUGUGGAGUUGAGAUGUCUGAAUACUGAGUCAAAGGAGAGCACGCUGCUGGUCCAGGAGAAUAGCAUCAGCGAGCCUGUUUGGUUGCCUGGUGAGAAAGACGUCUUUGUAUGCCUCAAGAGCGAGGAUAAGGGCAAGACCUCCGUUCUAAUCGCCACGUCAACAUCUAAAUCUGGAUGGAAGGAAACCACUUAUGCUGCUGGAUCCAUCGACGCUCCUGCUAGUAGCUUGAAGAUCGUCCGAUUGUCCGACUCAUCUUACGCUGUUGUUCUUGCCGCUCAAUGCUCGCCAGACGGGUCGUUGUACAAUGCCGAGACAGCUCCGACCACUCAUUCAACGGGAAAGCUAUACAAGGAUUUGUUUGUGAGGCACUGGGAUGACUACGUUACUCCGCAGAAGAACACCCUAUGGUAUACUACCUUGACCAAGGCCAAAGAUGGCAAGUUUGAGCUGGGCAAAUGGGUAAACGCACUCAAGGGAGCUGGUCUUGAAAGCCCUGUCCCGCCUUUUGGCGGUACAGACAGUUUCGACGUCAGCAAGACUGGUAUCAUUCUAGUCUCGAAGGACCCAAAGAUGAACCCAGCGCUCAGUACAAAGUGUAAUGUGUACUACGUCGAGCUCUCCAGCUUUGCUGAGGAUCCUGCUCCCAAGCCCUUUGAGUUCACCGUACCGGACUUCAAGGGUGCAAGUACUUCUCCUGUCUUCUAUCCCGGAGGCAAGAAAGCUGUUUUCUUGAGUCUAUCUACUGCUGGGUACGAAAGCGACAAGUCUCAGAUAUUCUUGAUUGAGGAUUUGAAAAAGGAUGCUGUGAAGCGGUUGUUCAACCAGAAGAAAGAGGGGUCCUUGGACAAGAGUCCGCAGAGUCUCGUCUUUAGCCAUGAUGGCAACACAUUGUACUUCUCUGCCGAAGACGAAGGUUACAGUCGUCUCUUUGCACUGACAUCGGAUCCCACUAAUGGCGAGGUGUUGCGUCCACUUACAGACACCGGUUCUGUCUCCGACAUACAACCAUUGGAGAAUGGAGAUUUGUUUUUCACUAGCAGCACUCUUGUUGACUCUUCGUCAUACAGCAUCAUUGGAACUUCGAAGGCUGACACUCAAGCCACCAAGUGGACACACUCGUCUACUAAGGAUGGCUCUUCCCUUGGCCUAAAAUCAUCGCAGGUCUCUUCAAUUCGCACUCCUGCUUCGGAUCCAACAGUCAACAAGACUGUUCGCUCUUGGGUUUACAAGCCAUCUAGCUUCGAGGAAGGAAAGAAGUAUCCACUCGCACUCCUCAUCCACGGCGGUCCUCAGGGUGCAUGGGGAGACUCAUGGUCAACAAGAUGGAACCCAGCCGUCUAUGCCGAGCAAGGCUACAUAGUCAUCACGCCCAACAUCACAGGCUCCACAGGCUAUGGCCAGGCCUUUACAGACGCGAUAAGAAAAGACUGGGGCGGCGCACCAUACCACGAUCUCGUCAACGUGAUGGACUGGGUCGCCAAGAACAUGCCCGAAGUCGACAUGGAUAGAGCAGUAGCUCUAGGAGCCAGUUACGGUGGUUACAUGGUCAAUUGGCUUCAAGGCCAUGACUUGGGCCGCAGAUUCAAAGCCCUCGUCUGUCAUGAUGGUAUCUUCUCUUUCGCUGGAGGCUUGCUAGCCACUGAAGAGCUAUACUUCCCUUUCCACGAUCUAGGAGGCACACCAUGGUAUUCUCCCAAGAACGCAAAAACCGACACCGUCAACCAAGCAUUCGAUCAAACCUCCCUCGACGCCUGGAACAAAAACGACCCUUCCCACCAUCUCUCCAACUGGGCAACACCACAACUAGUCAUCCACAACGAAAAAGACUAUCGUCUCUGUAUCUCUGAAGGUCUGGCCGCUUUCAAUGUCCUUCAAGCUCGUGGUAUCGACAGCCAGUUCCUCACUUUCCCGGAUGAAAACCAUUGGGUCUUGAAGCCUGAGAAUAGCUUGGUGUGGCACAAGGUUGUGUUGAAUUGGAUCAACAAGUAUGCUGGAUUACCGGCUUAUUGUGGGGAUGAUGAGGAGAGUGAGAAGUUCUUUGGGGGUGUCAAGGAGAGCAAGGAGGAAUUGGUCGAGAUGGCUGGGAUGGGCAGGCCUGAGACUUGA